UAACCAGCUUCACCGAGGCGGAAAUACAAUAGUUAUACUUCCUGGAAGUAAUCAUCAAAUAUUUGUUCGAGUAUUUAUCAGGUGAUUUUAAAUAAACAUAUAAUUACAGAACCGAACCGGUAUCGGAUAUCAGUGACAUAAUUCACCGUCGGUAUCCACUGCUUUAGCCAGUGCUAGCUUAGCUCAAUUAGCUGUGUUCGAUCCGAACCUGAGUGGAGCUAAACGAACCGGAGCAGCAGCGUUCAGGAUGGGAGCCCAUCGCAGCGAAGGAGGCCGUGAGUGGCUGGAGCAGGUCGGAGCCGAAAACCCGGAGCAGAACUCGAAGCCGUGGAACCUGAUGAUCAAACACAGAUACGUUCAGAGACGAGGACGCCGCUCACACACCGCUGUCAGCUACACAGAUCCUCAGGUAUCCAUGGACCUGCUGAGAGCCGUGCUUCAGCCCAGCUUUAAUGAUGACAUCAUGGCCGUGUUCAGGAAGUACCAGAAGUUCUUCGACAAGGCAGCGGAGAACGUGAAGGAGAACGUGGGCGAAGAUGUUCAGACAGACCAGCUUAUCAGGGAGGCCUGCAGAAACGUUCUAGAACAUGCCAAACAGCUGUUUCCAGAGGUGGAGGGGAAAAGGGCGGGGUCAGAGGUCACUGUGAAGAGAUCCAGAGUGUCUGAUGAAGAUUUUGUGUUCAGAGGAAGCCCAGUUCCCAAGAAGAGAAAAAGUCGUCCAGGUCCCGUCGCCUCCUCUGACCGUCAGGUCGGCUACCCUCUCAGAGUAAAGCCGAAGGCGGAGCCAGUAAAGAGGGAGGGGCCAAAGUGGGACCCGGCCAGACUCAAUGACAGCAGCACAUUCGUUCUGGGUUCCAGAGCAAACAAGGCACUGGGGAUGGGCGGUACCAGAGGUCGGAUCUACAUCAAACAUGCGGACCUGUUCAAGUAUGCCGCCGAUGCCAAGGAUAAGCAGUGGCUGGCGGAGAGACAUCACAUGAGGGCCACCGGAGGGAAGAUGGCCUACCUGCUGAUUGAGGAGGACAUCCAAGAUCUGUCCCGCAGCGAUGAGUACAGGGACUGUCCGGAUGUGAGGAUGGAUGAGCUGAAGCCAUUCAGCGUUCCUCCCUGGAUGGUGGAGAAGAUGCAGAAAGCCAUGGAGGCACAGAGGGAUGCCGACCCCUGAAGGUCACAUGACCAGGAGCCUCUGAUCCUGUGACUUUUAUAUAUUUUGGUGUUUUUUUAUGGUUUUGUUCUUUUUGCUUUUUAGAAAAAAAUAAAAUGUUUUUUU